AUGACUUCCGUUGUACUGUAUCCCCUGGCUGUUCGUGCUGAUGUGUUAGCACCUAAAGCAGGCAAGUGCAUGAAAAAUCCACCCGCCACAAACUUCACAACAGAAGCAGGAAGCCACGAAGACCGCCUCAUCAACGACAUCUUCAACACGCGCGGCUACUCGCCGAUAGCCCGACCGGUCGUCAAUGAAUCCGACAAAGUCGAUGUUGAAUACAUGGUCACUCUGCAGUCCAUCAUCAAUCUGGAUGAAAAACAGGAGAUGCUCAUAACUCGACUUUGGUUUGAAUACGUAUGGGUCGACCCAAAGCUGGCAUGGAAUCCCCACGAAUACGGUGGUUUAGAGAGCAUUCGAUUGGCUUGGGACAAAGUUUGGACCCCGGAUAUUUUGCUCUAUAACAGCGCCUCUCCUGCCAUCGACACAAAAUACCCAGUAAACAUCAUCGUGAGUAACAGCGGAUCGUGCAAAUGGAUGCCGUUAGGAAUCUAUACUUCUUCCUGUGCCAUUGAUAUCCAGUGGUUUCCAUUCGACGACCAGAAGUGUAAGUUGAAAUUCGGCAGCUGGACCUACCACGGUAAUCUACUGAACCUCAUGCAGAAGAAUGGGACCAGUGGGAUGAAUACGGAGCUGUUCCAGGAAAAUGGAGAGUGGGAUCUGAUAGACGCUCCGGCGAACAGAACCGUUUUAUGGUAUUCUUGUUGUCCCGACCCCUAUAUAGAUAUAACCUAUUAUCUUCAUAUAAGAAGAAGAGCCCUGUAUUAUGCAUCCAAUCUCAUUAUUCCAUGUGCCUUGAUAUCAAUAUUAGCCAUAUUCACGUUUCUACUUCCUCCAGAUACCAAUGCGAAAAUUUCGUUGGGCAUCACGGUCCUACUUGCACUCACCGUGUUCCAGCUGAUUGUUGCAGAUAUGGUGCCAUCCACCUCCGUGUCCGUUCCUCUCAUUGGAAAAUACUUUGCUUUCCUAAUGGUCAUGUGCACCAUCUCGCUGGGCAUCACCAUCGUCGUCAUCAAUUUCCACCACAGAAAACCAGACAUGAGCAUGAUACCGGACUAUGCAAGCAUAAAUUAUUUGUUCAUUUCCAUCACCGAAAUUCCACCCCACCUGCCCCACCCACACCCUCAGAUCGACAAGUACGUGAACAACUACCUGGCAUGGCUCGUCCGCCUCUCCAGACCCGGCAAACCCCCACGAUCCCCAUUCGCCAAGGAUGAAAUCGCACGAACCGUCAACCUCGACACGACCAAGUUCAUGGUUCCAUCCCUACCUCAUCCGAACUCAGCAAACGCCAGAUUCGCCACGUUUCUAACCAUGCAAAACACCAGACUAACACCCAAAUUUCCGUCUGUGAAAGAUAAACCGGCAAACAGCCAGCCGGUUAAACAGCUAUCGGAGCAAAGCAGCAAAGCCAAAGUGGAACUCUACAAACUAAAGCACGAGUUCGGGGCACUUCUAUACGAGAUGAAGUGCAUCACGAACCACAUCAAAGACAUUGACGUGGAAGCUGAUGAGAUCAGUAAGUGGAAAUUUGCAGCCAUGGUGAUCGACAGAUGCAGCUUCAUCAUCUUCAGCAUCUACCUCUUCAUCUUUACGGUUAGCAUCUUCUUCUCCAGUGAAAAUUUGAGAAAUUCCCUCGUCAACUGAGAUGCAUUUUUACUGAUUUUUUUACCUUUGCUAUCAAUUUUGUCUGCUUGGUUUGCAUAGAU